AUGGACGCUACCGAGAUCGCUGAGAACUUUGAGGAGCUGACACAUGUCUACUUUACUUUUGCUGGUAUCACUGCCGACUACGAUGUCAAUAUCUCAGAUGAUGUUAAGAAACAGUUUGAGAUCUUUGACAAGAUGGACGCUCCUUUCAAGAAGAUCCUGUCAUUUGGUGGCUGGGCUGAGUCGACCGACGCUGCGACAUUUCAGCGCUACCGCGAUGUGCAUAGCAGCUUCGAUGGCGUUGACAUUGACUGGGAGUACCCCGGUGCGACUGACCAGGGCAUCCCGGCUGGGGACAGGACUGAUGGUCUUUAUUACUAUCCUUUUCUCAGUGUCCUCCGGAACUUGCUGCCAUCAAGCAAGUCUCUGUCAAUCGCCUUGCCAGGUUCUUACUGGUAUCUGAAUCCAUUCCCUGUUGAUCAAAUGGCCGAGGUCCUGGACUAUUUUGUCUUUAUGACUUAUGAUCUGCAUGGGCAGUGGGACUACGGUAACAAGUUUGCAAAUCCUGGUUGCGACAACGGUAACUGUCUCCGAUCUCACAUCAACCGUACCGAAACUCGCACUUCCCUCAGUAUGAUCACGAAGGCAGGCGUGCCUGCUGAGAAGGUUAUUGUGGGCAUUGCAAGUUAUGGAAGAAGUUUCCGUAUGGCGGACAAUAGCUGCACCGGUCCUGAUUGUCUUUUCACGGGCUCUUUUGAAGAGUCGGAGGCAGAACCUGGCCAAUGUACCGGGACUGGUGGAUACAUCUUAAACGCCGAGAUAAACGAGAUCUGGCAGUUGACAUGUUGUUACUUACGGCGUCUUGGUCUUGUAAACAGUUUUAGUGUUCGAGAUGGUGCUGCAGGGGUACCGAGUUGGAACAGCUCCCUUACGUGGCACGGUCGUUCGGCGAGUCAUGCAAACUACACCCUUGGCGUCGGACCCCUGAAGCAGGGGGGCAGUCAGACCGAAAUGGAUGAUUGUGUUGUGUUUAUCAACCACAUUUUUGAUGCUAUGCCAAAUUGGUACAAGACAUUAUCAUUAGGUGUCCUAUAA